AACUCUGACGGCCCGGCGUGUUUUACCGCAGUACCGCUCAGUCAGCGCGCGUUGCGGCACUGCGGCCGGAAAACCGAGAGCGAGCCGAGCCGAGCGCGAGACACCGGUUACAGCAACGCGCGGCAAAUCAGAGCAGCGGAGCGCACACAGCAGCUGAUAUUAAUAAUAAUACUAAUAGUAUUACUAUCCUUAUUAUUAGCAGUGCGCGUGUCUCAGGACCAUGGCGAAGGAAGAGGACAAGAAGAAGUCCGGGGAGUGGCGGGAAUUCUUCUGGAACCCGAGGACGCACGAGCUGCUGGGCAGAACCGCGAGCAGCUGGGGUCUGAUCCUGCUGUUUUAUUUGGUGUUCUACACCUUUUUGGCUGGAAUGUUCUGCCUCACCAUGUAUGUGAUGCUCCUCACGCUUGACGACUACAAGCCCACCUGGCAGGACCGGCUAGCUACACCAGGUUUAAUGAUCAGGCCUAAAGGAUCCAGUAUGGAGAUCCAAUAUAGCAAGCAGAAUACGGAAAGCUGGGAUAAGUACGUUAAGACGCUCAACAGCUUCCUCACUCCCUAUGAUAACUCUCAGCAGGUAAUGAACAAUGAUCCUUGCACCCCAGAUAAGUACUUUAUUCAGGAGGACAGCGGUUCUGUGCGCAACAACCCCAAGCGCUCCUGUCAGUUUAACCGCACCGUGCUGGGGGAUUGUGACGGCCUGACUGAUCCCAACUACGGCUACAGAGAUGGCAAACCCUGCAUUUUCAUCAAACUCAACCGGGUGAUUGGAAUGUUGCCAGGGAAGGACGGACAGUCUCCUUACGUCACCUGUGGAGCAAAGAGAUACAAAGUGGGAGAAGAUGAGUGGAGGGAGGACAGUGAGUUGUUAGGUGACAUGGCAUAUUUUCCUUCAAACGCAUCCUUUAAUCUGAUGUACUACCCUUACUAUGGAAAAAAAGCACAGGUGAACUACUCUCAGCCUCUGGUGGCGGUGAAGUUCCUGAACUUGACUCUGAACACUGACGUGAACGUGGAGUGUAAAAUUAACUCCAACACCAUUAGCGAUUUCAGUGAAAGAGACAAGUUCGCCGGCAGAGUUUCAUUUAAAUUGCGCAUUGAAGACUAAUGCAGACUCACUGACACACACAUAGACAUACACUUACCCACAUACAGUAGUGUACACACUCUACACAUACACUUACACAAAUACAUUUACACACACACACAUGCACACACUCAUGAACAUACUUAAAAACUACAAAUAAACUUAAAAAAUUCAAACACACAUACACACUUACAUUUACACUGACUGAAACACACAGCACACACACAUUAACACUUUGCGCAUUAGCACUGACAUACCCCCUCCACCCCCCCUCACACACACACAGGUGUUCUACCAGAUGUGUGCAGUCCCUCUAAUACUUAAGCAUUAACAUACUAUGACCCUCUGUGUGUGUGUGUGAGAGCAGGAGAUUAUGGGAGUCCUGUGUAUGUGUGUGUUGUAUAAACCAUUCCAGAGUGGAAGCGAAACUGAAGUCCUUCAGUCGUCCUCAACUAAAACUGCCCUACAGACCAGUGACAUCACAGCUUUCCACAGCCAAUCAGAUCAGUGUACGGCUGGGGACAGAAAAACAGUGCAGGAAGUGGUCAGGGCUGAGUGGGUGUGGCCUGUUUGUACUGUGUUCUGAAUGGUCUGUGUACUGUAGCUUUAACAGUACAUUUAUUACAGUAUUUAUUUAUACACGUUUAUUUAUACACGUUGUUAUAUAUGUUAGGAUGCUGAUACUGUACAUAUCAAUAACCAAUAAUCAAUAACCAAUAAUCAAUAACCAUUAUCAUGUUCAUCAGUUACGGAAUGCACUGAUCACUGAAUAGAGCCAUAAGGAUCAAUCUGUGCUGAGAGAGAGAGAGAGAGAGAGAGAGAGAGAGAAAGAGAAAGAGAAAGAAAGAGUGAGAAAGAUGAUAUAGAAAAUGACAGAGAUGUGUAUAUAUAUUUAUGUAUAGAGAAAGAGAGAAAAUGUGAGAAAAAGAGAGAAAGAUGAGAGAGGUAUUGUGUGUGUGCUGUUAUUCUCCUUUCAUAUUCUGCGUCUCGUCUGAUAUCUCUCUAAUCUCUCUAAUCCUAAUCCACACAAACACACACACACACAGUGUACCAUAGCUCCGCCCCCUUCCCCCUCUGUCAGUAACACUCGUCUGUCUGUUCUGUCCAUUAGCACUGAAAACACACUAAUCUCUCUCUCUCUCUCUCUCUCUCUCUCUCUAUCUCUCUCUCUUUUUCUCUGUCUCUUCUCUCUCUCCAGCAGUACUGCUGUGUUGCUAAAGGUUUACACGUCUGUUUACAUAUUUAUUAUUUAUUAUUAUUAUUAUUAUUUAAAUGUCUUUAUGUUCUAUUGUGGGUGUUACUGUGUCUAGUCUUAAAUAUUGGGGGCCUGAUGCGCUACUCGCAGGGUGCACACACACACACUCACUCUCACACAUACACUCGCACAUACACUCGCACAUACAUUAAUACAUUAAUACACAAACACACACACACACACACACCCUGCGGAGUCUGUGUAACAGUGAAGAGUCCGAGUUUAAUCAUCCGCAAAGCCAACGGAGACAAAUUUAGGAACAGAACGUAAAAAUCCACCUCAGGAUUUAGUUCCAGCAGCCUGGAUGCAGUUCCUAGGCAGUAGGGACGAUAUCCCAGAGUGGAUUUGAACAUUCCAGUUCUGCGUUUGUGACCUCUGCACUAAGCAAUAGUGAUCUGUGUGUAAAUAGAAGGAGUGAUACCACGAAAAAUGGAUGUGUGUGCGUGUGAACGGAUUUGCCAAGAUUAAUCCCCGUAAAAAUCGGAACGUUCUCUCUGUUCUAUCAUUUUUUUUUCUAAAACAAAUGUCUGUUCAUUAGCAUCCUUUAGCACAGCACUAUUUAAAUAUGAAACUCCAAUAUUAGAAUUUUAAUGUUAGCGUAGUUAGCCUUCUGCUCUUUAUUUUUAAUUAUUAUUAUUUUCACUUUUGCUUGUGUAAUUUAGCAUUUGGAUGUUAGCGCAAUGCUAAUGCAAGUUAGCAUCUGGAUGUUUAGCACAUUUAUAGGACUUCACAGUUAGGCAGCAGCAGCUCGGGUUAGCAUAUAUCGAAGGUUAGCAUGUGUUUUUCCAUAUAGACAUGCCCCACUGCAGGUUAGCGUGCAGCUAACUGCUAGUUGGUGCGGCGCCUGCUGGCACAGCGUGAGCUCAAACAUUAGCUUGAACCUUUAGUUAAGAACAGUGCUAACAGGUUUAGCUCGAGACUAGUUAGUCUAGCACUGUUUAGUAUAGAGACGUUAGCCUGCUUGCGUGCAGGUGGCCUGUUUAUGUGGCGCAGAGGCGCACCUUUUCCCAUUCCCCCCGAUUUUACCAAACCCUCCCCUCAAUUUGAAUUGACGCUGUGCUUUUUUCGUUUGUUUGUUUGUUUGCUACCUUGUUUUUGUCUGCUAAUGUCUGUAUGUGUGUUGCUACACAUGAAAAGAAGCUGACCCACACACUAUCAGCAACUAGCAUUAGCCAUCACUCAUCGCCACCUCAGCACCUCUGAUGAAAGUGUGUAAUGUUUACACAGGGCUGCUGGUAGUUAGCCUGAAUGCUAAGCUAAUGCUGCCAGGAUUUCCCCCCAGAGCCUGUUGGCACUCUCAUGUGGUCCUCUGUUAGUGUACAGGCAUGAAAUUGGCAGCCGCAGAGCUGCCCAACCUGCUGCGGGUUUAUUAGCUGGUAGCUAGCAGGGCGUGUUAGCAGAUGGCUCAAAAGGAUGCAGGCUGUGUUUACUGAUAAGCCAUUGUGGGUGUGUUAGAAGACAGCUAGCAGAAUGUGUUAACAUGUGACUAGGGGGGUUGUGGGGGGGUGUUAGGGGAUGGACUGUGUUGUGGGUUUGUUAGCACGGGGCUAGCAGGGUGUGCAGGAUGUGUUCACGACUUGACCUAGGUUGGGUGUGUUGAUGAAUAUCUAGGUGGGUGUGCUAGCUGAAGGCUAACAAAAACGUAUUAGCAGAAGGCAGGGCUAACAUGGACGUGUUAGCAGAUGGUAAAAAGUGUGUAAUAAGAGUUCUGUCGGUGUGAGAGCAGCGAUACAGUAUUAAUGCUAACACUUGCGCGCACACACACAUACACACACACUGCCACUCAGACAGUCACACAAGUACAGUGUAACUCUGCUGAUCAGAAAACUAGCCAACAAACACCCCCCCACACUGUGUGUUUGUAGAAUCCCAGUAGAACGGGUUGGUUUAUUUCCCUGUGUGUGAGAAAUGGCAUCAACACAUACUCAGCGUUUUACACACUGACCCAAACACACACACACACACACGCAUAUAUACACACACACAGCUGUUUUCCCACCUCACGCUUUGUCCCCCCAUCCUCCUCCUGCCUGUGUACUCCUCCGUCACUCACAGUGAGAGUGUUCUCCUCCAUCCUCUCAGUUCUGUUGCCGUAGAAACGCAGAUCAUUAAUGUGUGUAUCUGAAUAUCCUGAAUAUCCUGUUCUAUUAUUAAUGCCUGAGAUGAAACUUGUGGAUCUUAUAUUCAAAUCAACAGAAUAUCAUUAUAAACUAAAAUGGAAAAUAUGAAAUAAACAUUUUGUGUUUUAAAAAGAGAA